CGCCUCCACCGCCAGCACAGUCGCCAUUGACAACAAGAUCGAGCAAGCAAUGGAUUUGGUUAAGUCCCACUUGAUGUUCGCGGUGCGAGAGGAGGUGGAGGUCCUGAAGGAGAAGAUUACGGAAUUGAUGGAGCGCAUCAACCAGCUGGAGUACGAGAACACCGUCCUGCGGCAAUACGCGACGCAGGAGGCGCUCCAGCAGAUCCAGCAGCCCCACCACAACUCCAACACCUGAACCCCCGCGCCCCACCAUUAACACAGCGCCUCCUCAUGGCCGCCCUCGCGGUGGCCCCCCCCAACUCCCUCUCGGCGGCAGCUGAUGCAGCGGUUCCUGGGCCUUAGGCGGCCUGAGCGGUGUGCACCCUCUUCGGCGGGCUGACCCCGGCCGCCCGCCCCGCCCACACGCCGCCCACGGACGCCCACGGCACCCAGCAUCGUCAUACAAGCUCAUCAUUUUCAUUUCCAUUACGGCUCCGGCUAAUUAUUUAGGCUUUGUUGUGUAUAUAGUCCAUUCAGACUCCACCAAGUUUGUACACAUUAUUUUUGUUGGCCUUGUAUUACAAUAGUGAGGUGUAAGGAGUUUGUGAGCGUGAUGAUAGAUGAAUCAAUAUAUAUAAAUGUAUGUUUUGCUUGGCUUACCGUCAAGAGGACAGGGCGCGCGGUCACAGCAGGAGCAGUGGGGCAGCCGGGCGGCCAUCGCGCCGGCUGCCCUCUUUCAAGAAGCGCUUGGACCAUGCUGGACCCGCGCCUCCUCACGCACUCCACACAGCGCUCAUACACUCCAACACACGUGUUGUGUUCACAGCAUCUCCAUCAUUAUUCAGAAUUAUUUGUCAGUGAUGUCUAAGGGUAGUGAGGUAGCAAAGUGGUGAUGGUAACGCGAGAAGGACAGCAGCGCUACGGGUGAGCGAGUGAAUGACGCCCGGCGCCGCCAGGAACGCCGGCCACGACAGAUAAGGUGCGUGGCUCAAGCACACGCACUCUGAGGCCAGGAAUGCACAGGUCAACCCGCGCUGAUCAAUCUCUCUGCUCGGAGAAGUCGAAGGUGUCAGCUGUUGGUAUGUUUUACUGCCUUACGUGGGACAAGAAACGACAGGUUAUAUAGAUUUAUCUUCUGUGAAUGAUGACCCCCCCCCCCCCGCCUUCCCCAGGAUAAAGCUUGUACCGACAGCAGUACUGUAGUUACACAAAGGUGCUCACGGCUAGCAUGAAACACCUGAAAAUGUAAAAUGUCUACUGAUCAGGAGGACUGAAGCCUCCCCCACCCCGCGCUCUCCCGCCCCAACGACCCUGUGCCUCAGAAGACAACCCCAGUAUAGGAGCACCCUGCUUGGCACUAAGCACGUGAAGGCAUGUGAUAUUAUAGUAUAUCCUUUCCUCCCUCCCUCUCUCUCUCCUCACCGCUUUCUCACCCUCUUCCUCCACCCUUCCUCUGUUUCCACCUCUUCUCCUUCCCGUCCCCCAGCCCAGGUCAGCACCUCAAAGGAGGUAGCUCAUUCACUUCCUCAUAUUGGGGAGGUUCCUCGUAGUGCCGGCGGCCGGAGGGCCAUCCGGGGGAGGUUCUCGCUCCUCCCCGGGUGAUGACGACGUACUCCCUGCUUGAGGCUUGACGAGGCUAGUCGAACUUUUACCAUGUAGUGUCCACGUUUGACAAGUGGACGGAAGUCACUUUUUGUCCAGUUUUCCGCUGUGCCAUUCUGCCUGAGGUAUUGUAGGACCACGACCAGCCAAACACAAACUAGAGGUCUCACAACGAAUCUCUAGAACUCUUGAUGAAAAUUUAUGUAUGACUUUAAAGCUUCUCUUAUUUUUUAAACAAAAGAUUGACAAGGUUUACUUUUUAAUAAAAAAGAUAUAUUGUAUUAUGAUUUCGAUGUGUAUUGAGCCUUUAUGAUAUUUUUAUGCCCCUUGUGUUUAUUCUUGUCAAUGUCGAAACUACUCUCAGAAACUGUAUUUUGUUAUAUGUACAUUUCUAGUUACUGUAACAUUGUUGCUCAUUACAGUCUCCUGCUGUCAUACUAUUAAAAGUUCCUGAGGUAAUAUAGGUUUGAGUAUUUUUUUUCUCUCUCGGUGAAUGCAAAUCGCUUGUGUAAUGUCCUGCCGACUGACUGGUGAUGUGUACUAAGGUGAUAUAAUGUAAAUAGCGUUAAGAGCGUUGUCCCGUGUAACGACCAGGACAAUCUCGUUCAAUUCUCAACCGGUAUUCAGCUACUGGGCAGCGUAGUACUCGCUCGCCCAACUUACCAUACACAAGAUUUGUAUAAGAAUAAAGCUAUUGAUAUUUAAAA